AUGGCAACACCGCCCCCGAUCAUACUGGAGGCGGGGCAUUGGCAGACGGCGCGCCGCUCCAACACGCCCAGAAGGACGAAUGGUUCGUCUAGCAUUAGAAGAGACACGAUCUUUCUUGAAUCAAUUCCAGCACAGGAGAGGUUGGCACUAACUCUCCGUUUUUUGGCUACCGGCGACACAUAUGUUAGCCUCCAAUAUCUAUUUAAAAUAUGUAAGCAGUCAAUAAGCCGAAUCAUCCCUUAUAGACACACUCAAGAACUUCAUUCAGGUACAAUAACUGGGUUACCUACUAUUCCGAAAACACAAGACGAAUGGCUGCAUGUGAGUAACGAUUUUGAAACAACAUGGACCUUUCCACACUGUGUCGGAGCAGUUGAUGGGAAGCACAUUAUACUGCAAUGUCCCAUAAAUAGUGGCAGUGAAUACAUCAAUUAUAAAGGAUUCUUCAGCAUAGUUCUUUUUGCAGUGGUAGAUGCUAGCUAUAAUUUUAUAUUUGUGGAUGUAGGAUGCCAAGGCCGAAUAUCUGACGGUGGAGUAUUUGCUAGUAUCUGCUUGUACAAAGAAAUGGGAAAACAGAAUGCUGAACAUCCCUCACCCUGCUCAUCUCAAUGGGAGAGCACAAAAAAUACCGUAUUUUUUUCUUGGAGAUGA